GGAACUUUAGGGGGCGGUAAGCGCAGGUGGCGCGUGACCCUGGGGCCUCUCCGCCGCGCGCGGUCAAGGGACUGAUGUUUGAACGGAAAGCUUCAAAACUUUUUAAAGAAACCUUCAGAAUGGCUUUGAACCCGACAAGCUAGACAUCGCUUCAGAGCACCGCCUUCAGCAUGCAUCUGCCCUGUCAGGCUUCCCUGGCAAAGGGGUCGUUCUUUGAAGGGGUCGUUCUGCAGAGGGCCAGGGAGACGAUGCUCACGGAACCAGAUUGGUGGAUUUGACUUUCUGGUAGAAUUCUCUUGCUUUAUUGAUUUUUUCCCAGAGCUCUGAGAGGCUGGAGGUAUUGAUGGGACCGAAGGGCCUGGAAGGAAGGGAAGAAGCACUUUCAUGCUGAAUGAGAACGAGACAAGUGACUGUUGGAGACUGAAAACACCUAAACGUCCCACAUCCGGAUUCAGCGGAGGAACUGUCACUGCUGGGGAGAAAGAAGCCAGGCUGGAAAAGAAAACCCAAAUAAAGAGAAUGAGGGCCACCAAAGAGUAAAUGGCCACCUCCACCUCGACAGAGACCACGUCAGCCUCCUGGUGGAAUUAUUUUUUCCUUUAUGAUGGUUCCAAGGUGAAGGGAGAAGGAGAUCCAACCAGAGCUGCCAUCUGUUACUUUUUCCCCCCUCAGACCCUGCUUGACCAACAGGAGCUGCUCUGUGGACAGAUCGCCGGGGUUGUCCACUGCAUUUCUGACAUUUCCGGCUCUCCUCCCACCAUCGUCCGUCUGCGGAAACUUAAGUUCGCCAUAAAGGUUGACGGCGAUUACCUUUGGGUGCUGGGCUGUGCUGUUGAGCUCCCUGAUGUCAGCUGCAAGCAGCUUCUGGAUCAGCUCAUCGGCUUCUUCAAUUUUUACAAUGGGCCUGUUUCUCUGGCCUACAAGAGCUGCUCUCGGGAAGAACUGAGCGGGGAGUGGGACACCUUCAUUGACCAGAUCCUGAGAAACACCAGUGACCUGCAUAAGAUAUUCAACUCCCUCUGGAACCUGGACCGAACGAAAGUGGAGCCCCUGCUGUUGCUGAAGGCGGCCCUCAUUCUGCAGACCUGCCAGCGCUCGCCCCAUGUUCUAGCCGGCUGCAUCCUCUAUAAGGGGCUGAUCGUUAGCACCCAGCUCCCACCCUCUGUCACAGCCAAGGUUCUGCUUCAUCGAGCUGCACGUCGGGACCAGAGAAAACCUCUAGGAGGGGAUGCCCUGCAGGAACAUGGAGCAGCACUCCCUCCAAACGUCCAGAUUGUGCCUGUUUUCCUGACCGAAGAGGAAGCUGUCAGUCUCCGUGAGUUCCCCCGGGAGCCCACGACCAGCGCUCUGGCAUCUCCAGCCAGACUCCCGGAGCCCCCAGCCCAGCGCCCUCCAAAGGGUUUGAACACAUCUGCCCCGAAAGAAAACGCCCCCAGACACGUGGAACCCACGGCUCGGAUCUCAGCGACCAGCCCUGAGCCCACGUCUCCUGAUGUCACCUGGCCAAAUGGCAGGGGGGAGAACGGACACUGGUCAGGCUGUGAUGUGAAGAGCACCAAGCCCCCAACACCGCACCACGCCGCCGGGGGCCGGGGGCCUGGGCUCGGCCUCUCCCUGGUGAAGGAAACCGGUUUGUCCAGGGGGGAAGAGGAACUGGACUUGUCUGAAAUCCACGUUCCAGAAGCUCAGGACACGGGAGCAUCCUUGGGUUAUUCUGCCUCCGAUGGCGGGCCUCCUGGCUGCAGGGCAUCUGUCAGUGACUCUGGCAACCCCGGAAGCCAGCCACCCGAGGCCCUGCCUGUGGGCACAGCUGUGGGCGGCCCCCUCCCUCCCUCCACUGCUGAGAUGCUCACCCAGAAUGGAGCCCUAGAACGGCCCAGAGACCAUCCUGGCAACAGCAGCCAAGCCCCCGUCCCCAGGGACCACCUCCUCAGCCCGACGAGCGGGCCGUUGCCGUCGCCUUGCUUGGAUUCGAGGCAGACGGGGUCUGAGCUGCCCGUGGGGGAACAAGGCGAGGGGCAGCACGGCGAUGGGGUUCCUGAGGGCCGCUCAGCCUCCAGCCCGGAACGCGCCUCGGGCUCGGCAGACCCCCCAGGCGACGGCCCCUCCGCAGACAGAACCGGAUCCAGGGCGACCCCCGUGUCCCUCGCGCGGCUCGUGCGGAUGAACCUCUACACUCACAGCGUCAGAGGCCUGGCGCUGUUGCUGCUGGCCGAGGAGCCGCUGCUGGGAGAUGGCGCGGCCGUCGAGGACGUGCCCGGCAGCUCUAGACUCUGUAUGGCCGGAGUCUGUGCGUGUCACCGCCUGGAUUGGGAGUUUUCCACCAGCCCUGACUUUCCGUCCAUCUGGAGCUCCUUCCUAGAAGGCCCAGGACGUCUGAAAUGCUAACUGGAUCCAGAAGGCUCCUCUCAAACCUUUGCAGCCCCUUCCCCACUUCGAGUGGUAAGCUGACCUUCUCUGGGGCCUGGGCCCACGCUGGAUCCAGUCGCCAUAGUAACAGCCUUGCUUUAGUUGGCCGGGCAACGGCAGCGAUAAAAACAGCAGGUUAAAAUUGCUGCAGGGUGAACGGUGUCCUGGGGCUUGCCUUGUUUCUGUUCUUAAAUCUAUAUUAUUCUAAGCCCAUCGUAUUAGCAGGCAGGCCCGUGGCCCUCCGUACAUGAGCGGGUCCCCUGGAACGCAGUGGAGGAGGGCGGCGGGUCCUCCGCGCGGAGCCUGGAGACAGAGCCUGCGCCUCUCGCACCUGCCUGGCUCCUCUCCCCUUUCCACAGGCCCCGCAGCACCCUCCCCGAGUGGCGGCUUCCCGCCACCUCCUUCCCCAAGGCUCUGAGCGACAUCUCCACCUCCUCACAACAGCUCAGGGAUCCAGGGCUGCAGUUCUGUGCAUCCAUCUCCCGGCCGAUGCCUUAGUUUCAUGGUCUGUCCUGCUUAGCACCGAGCUUAGAUGCGGCAUUUUGCAGGCCCAGUGUUGGCAUGCAGUACAGUGGAUACCACCCCUCAUUUUUACUUUCCCCCCCAAAAAGAAAAAGAAUAGUGCAGGCUGCGCGGGGAGAAUAAGGUAAAUUAAGAUAUAUUCUGCAUUUGCUGUAGGUAAAUACUUUACAUCUGCUACUUUAGCCAAACCUUGGAACAGCUAGCUCUGGGGGCAGGCACGGUAACUCCCAUUUUGCCCUUAAGAAAACCACCUCUUUGAGAUCAAGACCUAAUGCACAUGGUGGGGCCCAGGAUUUCUGCCUGUUUCUUGUCUCCCACCCUCAACCCUCUGUCCCCCGCGGAUCUGACCUUGGCAUGGUAGGUGGGAAGGUGAAGGAGUAGAGGCCCUGCCUUCUGUGGCCCUUGAUACUCGGACAUGGGACUUGGUCUGUCACAGCCCAUCCUUGUUGUCAGGGCAACGACCUCCCUGGGCUUUCAUGGAAAGUAGGGUUUGGUGUUGGGCAGGAAAGAGAACGCAAUUUUAUGGAAAAAGAAAACUAGUCCUUUCUAAGAAGAGUAGGGCGUUAACGAACUUUGAUCAGCUUGCUGGUUUGUGAGUGGAGUCGGUUGAUCAGACCCAAAGGCUGUCUAUUUUAUAAUCAGCAGAGAGCUUUCAUUGCCUUUUUUUCCCGGUUCUGCACACAAAACAGUCGACCUGAUUUCCCUCCAGACCCUCUGCUGCUUGCUGUCUAGAAAAAGCCAACCCACUGGUUCAGAGGAGCAGAGUAGGCUCACGCCAGGGGGCAGCAGAGAGCCGCUGAUAGUUUCCUGCUCAAAACCCAAGAUAAUCCUCUCACUGACCUUCAAUUAUUCAUCAUUACAGUAGGACACGGAGCUAUGGGUACAGUAGACAAAGCCUGGGUAUAGUGUGUUAGCAUAAAAUACAAAAAAGCACCCCUCUCCCGUGAAACUGGUGCUUCUGAGUAAAUGUGGGUUCCUGCAUCGUUUCUUCUGCGUGUAUGGGGACACACUGACAUUGAGCCGCUUGCUUUGCUGUGGACUAGAAGGCGGAGGAUCCAGGAACAGCCCCGGCUCCGUGUCUCCUAGGGCUGCUGUGAGGCUCUCGUAUGUGGUAGUGUGUCUUGGGUUGGCAAACUUUAAUGUAAAGGAACACAUAGCAGGUGUUUUCUGCUUUGUACAACUCCUGGAAUCUGCUGUUGUAGUACAAAAACAACCAUAAACAAUAUGUAAAUAAACGGCGUGGCUGUGUUCCAGUACAUUGUUUAUGGACACAAAAAUUGAAGCUUGAUAUAAUUUUCACAUAACAAUAUUAUUCUUUUGAGUUUUUUUCCCCUAACCAUACAAAAAUAUAAAAACCAUUCUCAGCUCUCAGGCUAUCUAAAACAGCGUCAGUAGGCUGGAUUUGGUCCACGGGCCAUGGUUUGCUGACUCCUCGUAUAUAUGAAAGCACUUGCUUACCAGUAGAAAAUUGCCCACGUGUCAUCUGGUAUAGCGUCUUGUGAUUUAACUGCGUUGAUGGUUAAGUGAUUUUAUCCUGAGGACAAGUUAGGCAGAAGAUUCCAGAAGUGGCCCGGUGCCUACAGAGAAAGCUCAAGAUUUGGCAUGGCUCAUUCUGUCCCCGUUUUCCCUUUCCCUGGGCACCCGCUGGGGAUGGAGGGAUGACUGUUGCAGAUUCCUGAGAUCCAGAAACUUUCAGCGAGGCUGUGGUUUGACUUCGUGGUAAAUCCUGUACACACACACACACAGCCUCAGCUGCCUCUGUUAAUUGCGUUGGUGAGGCUGUUCCAGGGAUCUGAGCAGGGGACAGUGUGCUUGUCCUCCUGUUCCGUUACUAUGGACCCUCGACUCAGCCCGCACAGCUCGUGGUGGACGGUGCCUGGUGUCGGUCACACUGGCUGUCCAGUCACCCAGUGGCUGUUGACUGGCACCUCCUGGGAGCCAGGCUCGCUGCUGGGCCCUGGGGACGCAGAGAUGAGGGUGUCACGUAAACCCUGGUGCCAAACCUAAUGGCUUUAAGUACCAUUUCUACGACAUGGGAUAGAAAUGCUAAUUUUAAGUCCAGGACACUCCCCAAAAUAACACUUGAGUUUCAUGACAUUCACCUCAGAACAUUCUCUUUACAUCUCUGGUCCUUUUAUGUGAGCUUAUUUUUAUACACAGCUGUCGUGAAAUAAGCCAACCCACAGACAAGUCGUAUUAGUCCAGGGACGAGUGCUCAUGGAAGAGGUCCCACUUCUUUAAUAACGACAGUUUUCAUAUUCUUGACUUUAAGAAAAUGCCUUCGCUCCCGGCACUUCAGAGCGGACAGAAUGGAUAGAUGCUAUUUGACCUCAGCCACUCAGCAGCCCUGUAGUAUCCCUAUUUCACAGAUGAAAAAAAGCGAGGCGCAGAAAAGCCAGUAACUUGCCCCGGGUCAUCUAGUCGGGAAGAGGCUGAGCCAGGAGGUCCUUCACCUGGGCGCCAGCUGCUGCCCAGGGCCCGCGGCCUCCUUGUGGCUUUAGCAGCCCGGGGCAGCCCCAGGAGGCCCUGUUUCAGGCUGAGUCCAUCUGGACGUGACGGACGUACUUGGCGGGGCCCAAGAUGGAGUUCAGCCGUUCGAAAAUGACGUUGCGGGAAAAUAGUUCACGGAUGAAGGACGAAGUUCACGCUGUAUCGUUAGGUCACAGAACUAGCAUCAGUCGUUAUUUAUGGUCUGACUCCAUCUUUAGUUUAUAAACAACAAAUCGUACAAAGUGGGACAGUCCAGUGUUCCCAACUGCACCUGCAGGUGACAUCCCCUGGGAGGUGUUUUAAAAUACAGGUGUUUGGGCCUCACCUCCCGGACAGCCUUCCUCAGCUGGGUUCCUCCUCUGAGCCAGAGAGCACAGAAAACCAUUUCACCCACACUUCUCAGUCCUUCGAGAACAGUGGCUGGUACCAUUCUAGGUACACGGGAGGUAGGUGGCCUCCCUGCAGACAGUCAAGAAGCACGGGGUGGGGGAGGAGCGGGGCACAGACGCCAGCCCUGGUUAUAGGAGAUGCACCAGGGCGCCACCAGUGGCUCUGCCUGGAUGGUGAGAUUCUGGGCCAGUUUUCCUUGCUUUUUUUUUUUUCUUUUAUUUUUCUGCUCCCCCCUAUUUUCUGAUUUUUCUACAAGUUUGAAAUGCAUUAGGACAUAAGGGCCGAAGUCAGGACUUCUCCAACAACAGGUCAAAGCACUGGUCAGAGUCCUUCUUGCUAAGUCAGGCAGCCACGCAGAUAUCCCUUGGGUGGCUUGCUCAGCGGCGGCCUGUCCCCUCCCUGCCCCGCAGUACCACGGCAGCCUGGCGUCCCUCAAUGGGCUGGAGGUGCACCUGAACGAGACGCUGCCCCGGGACCAGGCGGCCCCUGCGGCCAGAACCUAUGGCUUCGCGCACUACGACCGCGUC